CUUAAAAAGUGACACUUUCAAGGAAAAGUACGAAAGCGAACGGACGUUGUCUGGUUUGAAAUCAGUUUCAAUAUGGAGAGUCCUGAAAAGAAUUCCGACGUGUCCUCCACUGCAUCGGAAACUCGAAAAAAUUCUAAACCAGUGAUGGAGAAGAAAAGAAGAGCAAGAAUAAAUGCUAGUCUGGCAGAAUUAAAGUCCCUGCUAUUGGACGUCAUGAAAGCUGAGGGUACUCGUCAAAAUAAAAUGGAGAAAGCUGAUAUCCUGGAAAUGACAGUUCGCCACCUACGACAGUUACAAAGACAACAGUUUUCCGCUCUGAGUGCCACAGACCCUGCAAUGAUAAAUAAAUACCGACUCGGCUUUAAUGAGUGUGCAAGUGAAGUAAGCAAAUAUCUUGCAAACAUGGAUGGACUAAAUACUGAUUUCAGAGCCCGACUAUUGAAUCAUCUUGCAAAUAUAACAACGAACACUGAGCAACCGGAGGAACCAAAGGAACCAAAAUCUCCUCCUUUAGCGAAAAUUUCAAACCAAGGCCCAUAUCCCAAACUUAAUUCAAACAAUUCAAAUGCUGUCCAAUCUAAUCAAGGACAUGUUUUGAAGGUGAACGGAAAUGUUACUAUGUCGUCUAAUGUAUCGACAGAGGUCCUUCGAAAUGUUAAAAGUUUGGAGGUAAAUGGGAACAUUACAGCGCACAAAUCAGAAAACGUGAUAUGUAGUGAACAAAGUAUUCCUUCAAAAAUAAUUCAAGGAGUGCACACCAUUCCAACUCAGAUGUCCUCCGGAGACGUUGCCUUUAUCAUUCCAGCUGCCAAUAUGGUACAGUAUGGAACAAUUCCAAACUAUGUGAUCCCUGUCUUACAACCCCAGGGUGGCCUUCAAAUCAGCCAUUCGUCAAAUAGUGUUAUCCAAACUCAUCAAACAGUACCUAUUGCUUACUCAGGGGGGAUAACCACGUCACAUGGUGUUCUUCCAUCAGUCUUUCAAAAUACAACUUUUGUAAGCUCUUCCCCAAACACUGUUGGUCUGCCUGUGAGCUUAGUUUCAUCUGGAAAUGGAAUUGCUGUUCAGCAACGUGAACAAUCAGCACAAUUCACAGCAUUUCCUGUUACCACUGCCAAAGUACAAGUCAACCACACUCCAAAGAUUGAUGUACUUUCUGACAAUAACAACACCAAGAUAGCAAAUGAAGGAUCACUUCUAAAGCUUCCAGGAGUUGUUCCCGCUACCGAAUCUCGUUUGACACAAGGGUUUGAGGAUAAAACAGACCCAAUGUGGCGACCUUGGUGAGAUAAGUGGAUGAAAAAUAAAACUUGUGCAACGAAAUUCCCAAUUCCCACAUUAAAUUGUGAUUUGACAAUUUACAAUUACCUUAGUAAAAUAUAUUCAUAUGCAUUCUAUGCAUCGUUAUUUAUGUUUAAUUUAGUGUUUAUUCGGAAAAAAAAAUCUUUUAAGAAAGAGAGUGCUUAAUACUGUACAUUAAUCGUUAAUUAGACUAGAGCUUUUUAUUAAAUAUUCCUGAUGCAUAUCUGUGAUAAUAUAUAGUGCUCGAGUUUAAGUGCCACAAGUAUUUACUUUGGAACUCUUUUCUUUUUGAAUAGCUAAUAAAAGUGUACCAUUGAAUGCAUUCAAUAAAACAUGUUGAAACAUAAA